UGUAAAUUAAAAACUAAUUGGCGCUUAUAAGUAUUUGCAAUAAACAGAAUCCGGUUUAUUUCAAAAGGGAACGAAAGUUUUAAAAGAUUGAUCAAGAAAAUAUAACAUCAAACAAUCAAAUAAUCGAAAUAUUAAGCCGAGCUUCAAAAGAUGUUGGUGUGUCAGCCUUUAGCAAGUACCAUUUUGAGUUAUCAGAAAUUAUUCGAGAAAGAUUGAAUUUCACUGUAAAUUACCGAAAUGCUAGAGGAUGGGCUGGCAAAAUAGAAAAUUCAACAUUCCGCUUGGGUUAUAGUGGUAUUAUGCAACGCAACGAAGCGGAUAUUGGGGCAUCAGCUUCAUACAAUCGUAUUAAUCGUUUCGAAUUUUUUGAUAUAAUUCAACAAAGCUGGAUGCUGGAAACAUCUUUCCUUUUUCGUUUCACACCUAAUUUAAACGUUCAUAACCAAAGAGGAAACUUCCUUGCCCCAUUUCAGAAACACGUGUGGAUAGUUUCACUUGUAACAUUUCUAAUCUUAAUCAUUAUAUGGAUUUGCAUUGAACACUGUGUACGUUGCCUGAGCAAUACAGCAAUAUACAAGAUAAACUAUGAUGACAAUUUGUACUGUAUCCCAUUAAAUGUUAUCGCUGUCAUUUGUCAGCAAGGCUUGGAUCCAAUACCAAAAGGAAUUUCAUCUCGAAUUAUAACUAUAACAACUUUUAUAUUUUCAUUAGUUAUGUACAACUAUUACACAUCAUCGGUAGUUGGUGGACUCUUAAGUAAUACGGCUCAAGGACCAACAUCAGUUGAUGAAAUUAUUUCGAGUGAGCUACGGCUUUCGUUUGAAGACAUAGGAUAUUACAAAAUACUUUUUCGAGAAAAUAAGUCACCUCGAGUGGUUCGUCUUUUAAACAAGAAGGUCUUACCGCCAAGGGACCCCAAGGACUUGCCAGUGUUUACACAUAUUGAAGAAGCAAUUCCAUAUUUGAAACGUGGUGGAUAUGCAUUUCAUUGCGAAGUUGUGGAUGCGUACCCAGAAAUAGCAAAACAGUUUGAAGCAUCAGAAAUCUGUGAUUUGCGUGCGGUUUCGGGUCUUUUGGUAACAGAGCUAUUAAACUCAGUGGUUCAUAAAAAUAGCCAGUACACUGAAUUGUUUCGAGUAAUGUAA